UCUGUUUUACUCCUGAUUUAUGUCUUAUUAGCUCUGUGAUGCUAAAGUUAGCUUAACUUGCUGCCUGUCAACAGACCUGCGUGGUGGAGACAAACUGUCUUUCUGACGGAGUUUGUGUGAAGAUAAAUUGAAAAAUGUCCGAAAAACUGCAGGUGCUGAGAUUGUUGAUGGAGCAGAGACUAACUGCGGCUGCUGAAGAGAUAUUUGAGCUGUUGGAAAGAACCAUAGUAGAGUACGAGGGGGAAAUUUGUCGAAUUAAAGAGGAAAAUCAACAAAUGUUGGACUCUGUUUGGAACCCCAAAGUCCUGAUAUACAAAACAGAUGUUCAUCAGCCGCCUGUGAUUAAAGGGGUGGUUCCCUCUGAGCAGCAGAACUUGAGACCUAAUCUGGACCAGGAACAGGAGGACCCAGAGCCCCCUCACAUUAAAGAGGAACAAGAGGAACUGUGGACCAAUCAGGAGGCUGAUAUCCAGUUCCCAUCCGUUCCUGUCCCUGUGAAGAGUGAAGAUGAUGAAGAGGAAGCUCAGUCCUCACAGCUUCAUCACAGACAAACUGAUGAGAAUGGACAGGAACCAAGUCAAGAGGACUGUGAAGGUUCACAAUCAACCAGCAGCUUCGAUCCACAGGGACAUCUACAAACACAGACUGAUGAGCAGAUCAAGGACACGGAGGACAGUAAUGAAGAGUGGACAAUGAGUCAGACACCUGAGUCACACGUAAACCAAAAGACAAAGCAGAUGGAAACAGAGGCUGAUGGAGUGGACUGUGGAGAAUCAGAACCAGAUAAUAACCUCGUCCACACAGAGGACCUAAACAGAACAAACAGGCCGUUUGUUUGUUCAGUUUGUGGUGUAAGAUUUACCACAAAGUUCAAUUUAAGAUCUCAUAUGAGAGUCCACACUGGAGAGAGACCUUUCAGCUGUUUGGUCUGUCACAAACAAUUUAAAUAUAAAAAUAACAUCAGGUUUCAUAUGGUUAUUCACACUGGAGAAAAACUGUUCUGUUGUUCAGUUUGUGGGGUGAGAUUCACCACCAAGUCAAACCUCAUCCGUCACACAGCCAGUCAUACGGUGGAAAAACCCUUCAGCUGCUCAGUUUGUCAGAAAACCUUCAAACAGAAAGGCCAUGUACAGAGACACAUGAAGGUUCACAGUAAAGAGAACACGAAGGACACUGACAUAAAUAAACAGGACCUCGCUGUCAGUGAUGAUGGACGUAGAAUGAGGAGACACCAGUGUCCUGCCUGUGGAAAAAGGUUUGACUGGAGGUCAAAGCUUGAGACCCACAUGAGGAUCCACACUGGAGAGAAGCCAUUUAAGUGUUCGGGAUGUGACUUAAGAUUCACUCAGAAGUCAGGUUUACUGAGUCACAUGGCCUGUCACAUGACGGAGAAACAAUUCACAUGUUCAAUUUGUCAGAAAAGCUUUAAACGUAAAGGAUGUUUGGGGAAACAUAUAAAACGACAUUUGAGAAAGAAAGAAGUUGAAUGUCAUGGUGACGCUCUGUAACAUUUAGACCAGGAAGUAGUGAGAUGUAAAAGAAACAUGAUGUGAAAGAUCCAAGACAAAAAAGACAGUCAUGUUGGUCACAUCACUAGGGCUGGAUGAUCUCACUGUAGGUUGUGAUCAAUCUUCAUUUAUUACAUGAUCUUUAUUUUACAGAGAUUGUACAGAUAGUGACAUUAAAAAAAUAAAUAAAACUUUCUUAUUCGGCUAAUUUUCAUUUUAAAUGGCCUACUUUUCAGUGUGAUCAGAUAAAUACAGACAGCGUUGCAUUAACCUAUGGAUUUGUAACAACAAUGAUAAUCCUCUACAACCGCUGUCAUUUGUCUGAACUACAUCGAUUUUACUGGUGAAUCAAUGAGCUUAUUUACAUAACCUUAAAAAUCUGAUAACUGGGAGUAAUCGGAUAGUUGUAAUAAUCAGAUCUGACGUGUUUACCUGCACUUAAGAAUGUGAUAAUUAAAAACCCUGGUUUAGACGCUUCAGUCCAUUAUCAGACUUCUUUUAGAGUAUGUUCAUAUAUAGUGAUGGCAGACUCAAAUUUCCUGCUAUUUUCUGCUCAUGUUUGACUAUGUCACUUCCAUUUUCUGUGAUUUUUGAUUAGUUUGACACAUACACAGAUGUAAAAGAAUGAAAUAAAUCAGAUUAACCUAUAUACAUGCAGGAAGACAUCAGAGUAUUGUAGAGAAAUCUAUGUAUAUUAAUCUGAUUUUUCAUAAUCAGAUAUCUGCCAUUAUCUGAAAAAACAUAUCUGAUUAUCCUGUUUACAUGGUCACUUGAAUAAUCUCUUAACUCCAGAAAUCAGGUAGUGAUCAGAGUAGUGGCAUGCAUGUAAACAGGCUCGUUGUUGCAGCAGAUGACGUUUUUCCAUGUUCACUACAGAGCCUCUGAAUGUCCAAAUGAGUCAUAUUGGAUCACCAUGAAAAGAUGACAAACUUUUAUUUGAAUUAAUGUGUUAGGAUUAGUGGUUUGAUGUUAUCAACAGUAGAUGCUUUUGGUCACUCACAGGCAUUUAGGUGUCACUUAGAAGCUUAAAUGAAGUGAAAAGUACACAGAUUGUCUUAAGUUUUUUUUUGCUGCUGAUCCACCAUCAGUUUUUAAUAACCUGUGUCACACAGUUACUGUAAAACACAUCUCUACCUCCCAUUUUAGUCAAAUACUCAAUAAUAUGACAUUAUUGUUUGUUUUGAACUCAUGAUUUCACUGUCACUAACUUUGUCUAAAGUAGAACUUUGUGACAUCUGUUUACUGACACCAUGUGACUGCACGUUUAGACAAACAUGGAGGAAGAUAUUAAAAAUGCAACAUUAAUAACAGCUCUAUAUCAUAUCAGCUGUUGGUCUUGUUCAGAAUCUGAUGGAGUUUUGGGAGACAGGUGUGUCUACAGUUUUGUAAGUGAAGAUUUGA